AUGUCCGCCCCAAAUCACCCUGUUAUUCUCAUCUUUGGUGCCGGUGCCAACACUGGCUAUGGCGUCGCGGAUUCCUUUUCUCGAAAGGGGUACAAGGUGGCCAUCGUCUCCCGCGGUGCUUUGACACCGGUGUUUGAAGAAAGAGAUUUCCUGCAUAUCAGGGGAGAUCUUGCGGAUGCCGCUUCAGUCGAGGCAGCCUAUCAACGCACCGUUGACGAGCUUGGAACCCCUAGCGUCGUUGUUCAUAAUGGCGAGUCAGCAUAUGCCAGCACCAUGGCUCCCGACAAUGCCGACCCAAUCCAGCUACCAGUGGCUGAUCUUGCAGCGGACCUGGCCAUCAACACAACGAGUGUCCUUCAACUGCUUCAGUUGGCGACAUCAAGUUUUGCCAAGCUUCCCGAUUCUACGUCCCGGACAUUCAUCUACACCGGAAACAAGGCCAACCUCCAACCAUUCCCUCCAUUUCUGAGUCUCGGCGUUGGCAAAGCAGCGUCCUCGCACAUGAUCUCAUUUGCUGCCAAGACAUAUAGCCCUCAAGGUUACAAGUUCUACUAUGCGGACCAGCGAAAUGAAGAUGGUUCGCCAGUGUUGGCGGCCAUUGAUGGGAAAGCCCAUGGAGAGUUUUAUACCGAGCUCGCCGAGUCCAAGACGCAGGGUCCAUGGCUGGCUUCUUUUGUCAAGGGCAAAGGAUAUGUCAAGUUUGAAGAGUAG